CAGUAAUUAUUGGAGUGCACUGUUAUAUCUACGUUCUACUGGGCUUAACAGGUGCCGUGUUCUGCGUUCUUAUUGAAAUCGACCCUGCGAGCACCUUCUCUUCCGCUAUCAAGAAUCAUGACCAUGUUGUCCUUCUACUUAUCGCCGGCGGCCCAGUUGAUAGCGCUAGCUCUCCAGCAGGUAGAAAAGGGAACGAUUCUUGCGGGAUCCCUGCAUUGGCGUGGCUCUUAGCUCCGUGCACCACGUCGUCCUUAGUAUGCCCGGCACCUUCUCCAAUCCCGAAGCUGUAUCUCAAGACACAGAUGAGGAACAUGCAGUCCCAUGUCAUGUUCGCUCUUUGAUCGAGAAGAGUUUGGUCCUCCGAUUGGACUGUUUCUUGUUGUUUUUCGGAUGCGUAUCUCAGAUCAUCAAGUAUCUGGACCAGCAAAACAUCAAUACUGCGUAUGUAUCUGGGAUGAAAGAAGACCUGAACCUAGUCGGAAAUGAAUUGAAUUACUUUACGACCUACUUCAACGUCGGAUACUGCAUAAUGCUCGUCCCUUCACAAAUUAUCAUGACAUACGUCCGACCUUCCUUCUGGCUUCCGGGUCUUGAAAUUGCCUGGGGUAUCUUGACCGGGAGCAUUGCUGCCUGUCACAGUCCAAAGCAGAUUUAUGCUGUUCGGACUUUUUUGGGACUAUGCGAGAGCAGCGCGUGGCCCGGUAUGAUGACGCUCUUUAUGCAUUGGUAUACGCCCACAGAGCUCGCGAAGCGUAUGGGAUUCUACCACUCUUGUCAGGCGAUAGGCAGCAUGAUGGCCAAUGCUCUUCAGACCGCUGUACAGAGCACUUUGGAUGGACACUAUGGAAUAGCGGGGUGGCGAUGGCUGUUUAUCAUCAACGGGAUUAUGACCGUCGUCUUUGCGUUUUUCGGCUUUUUCCUUCUUCCCGAUUUGCCCAACAAACCUAAUCCGAGGGCGUUCUGGUUCAACAAAGGUCACGCCGCGAUGGCUAUGGAACGAUUGGAGAGGCAUAACCGAGCCGAACCGAAGGAGGUGACUUGGGCUAGCAUCAAACGCUCAGCUACCAAUUGGGUCAUAUAUUUUAUUACCAUCCUCUAUGUCGCCAUAGUGCUGGCUAGCUAUGGUUACGUUUACUUUAAUCUCUGGCUGAAGUCGCUCAAAAAUCCUGAUGGAACGAGUCGCUGGGGCGUGUCGGAAAUUAACGCUAUACCAAUCGGUGGUCAGGCUAUACAAGUAGCAUUUGUCUGGAUUUGGGCACUACUAUCUGACUGGCUCAAAACCAGGCAUUGGCUUAUCAUUCUUCAAGGCCUUAUUGGCCUUAUUCCAUGCAUCAUCAUGACGAUCUGGAAUGUACCUGAUAGUGCCAAAUAUUUCUCGUACUUCAUAUCAUUUGUCGCGCUCGGUACUGCUCCCUUGAUAUUUGCUUGGGUGUCAGACUUGAUCCCCCAGGAUCCCGAGCAAAGGACGCUUGUGGUUGGCGUGGCUGUCGCUGUCUACUACGCUAUUUCCGCUUGGUCUCAAGUUCUCGUAUGGCCAGCCUCUCAAGCUCCUCAUUACAAGUAUGGCUGGCAGGUAUCUCUCGGACUCUGGAUCCUCGUCAUCAUCAUGACGUUCACAUUGUGGUGGAUUGACAUGAGAUAUAUGUUGCCCAAGCGUAUUGCCUUUGCCAAGCAAGUGAAAGCGACUAAAGAUACGCGCCGAUUGUCUGAUGAGCUGGGUAGUGAGUUCGGAAAGGACAGCGGCGGAUUGGGGUCAACCGUGGCAGAUGAACUGCCUACAUGACAUGUUUAGAUAUGUUUCCCAUUAGUUCAGCGACGGUGCGUGAAUGAUCAAAGGGUGUUUAUAUAUCACAGACUAUAGAUAUGUUGGCAUGUUAGGACAAGAAUCAGUAACAGUAAUCGUCCUCAAUGUUGAGUGUCGGUUUCACGGGCUUUUUACCAGCACCCGGAAGCGAACGUUCAGUCAU